CUCCGUGAGGGCUAGGACUAGGCAGGCCUGGCCGCCGGGAAGAGGGCAGUACCAUGUGCGCUGCCGCCGGUUGGUCGUUUUACCUGCCCUCAGAGGGAGCCGUGAUGGACGCGGUGCGGGGGGGCGGCAAAGGAGAGCGACAGCGACCUCGGUCGUGAGGAGAGAAAAUGGCGCCUGCGAAAACCCCGCCUUGUGCUCGCUACCGGGCGCCGGCAGGGGGGGGGGAGGGGGGGGAAGGAAGGAAGGAAGGAAAGGGAAGGGGGGGGGGAACGGUGGGGCAAAGGCCUCUCGCGAUGGUUAAAAGCGCGCGCGACGGACCGCUCUUAUUGGCUGCUGGGUCGCGCGGCGUUUUUGGGAAGCUGCGUGCGGACAGCGGCUGCGACCUCCACUCCUCAGCCCAGCCCCCAGCCCCGGCGGCAGGGGGAGCCGAGGCCGCCCCGCCGGCGCCGCCCGCUCGCCCCGGGAAUUCACACUCUUAAAAGAAAAUGUCUACACCUAACAUUGCAGCAAGAGUGGAAAGUUGGCUUUCAUCCAAAUGGCAUGUUAAAGUUCCUUUGACGUGGCUGGAUGCAUGUAUUAGUUGGAUCCAGGAAGAAAAUAAUGGUAGUAACUUAAGUCAAACUCAGAUUAACAGUCAGGUAUUUGAGCAAUGGCUUCUUACUGAUCUAAGAGACUUGGAAUAUCCCAUUUUGCCUGACUGCAUCUUAGGUGCUCCCAAAGGAGAGUUGUCAGGCUUCUACUCCAUACAGAUUGAUUCACUGGUUGAUGUUAGCCAGCCAGCAUAUUCCCAGUUGCAGAAGCUAAGAGGGAAAAAUACUGUAAAUGAAGAAGUAACAGCCAGUACUCAAGCAUUCCAGCAGCCCUGGGAAACAAAGCCAACUCGGAUGCUAAUGUUACAACUAACUGAUGGGAUACAUCAAAUUCAGGGCAUGGAGUAUCAACCAGUGCCCGUCCUCCACAGUAAUCUUCCUCCCGGAACAAAAAUCACUGUACAUGGUAAUAUUGCAUAUCGUCUUGGAGUCCUUCUUCUUAAGCCAGAAAAUGUGAAACUGUUGGGGGGUGAAGUGGAUGCUCUUCUGGAGGAGUAUUCUCAGGAAAGAGUCCUUGCUAGAUUAAUUGGAGAAACUGAAAACCCUAUUUCUGUCCAACAAGCUGACCAUGACCACCUUUUUCCAAGGCCUGUGAAUGAGUUAGAACAAAGUCUAGGCCCUUCAGAUGAAGAGCUUUUAGCUAGUCUUGAUGAAAAUAAUGAAUUUGCUUUAAACAAUGAAACAUCUUUAGAAAGCGGAUACUGCAGUAGGAGCAACAAUUUUAGUACAGCCCCAGGUUCACUAACUGCUCCCAAUGGAAAUGUAUUGCCACAGGAAUCUGGAAAUCCUUUGCCCGAUUCAGAUGACCAAGUUUCACUUCUCACAGAAUAUGCUGAUGGCUUUUUAAAUGACUUUCCUUCAGAAGAUGACUUUUUUCUGGAAGAAGAGGUGCAAAGAGAGCUGGAAGAAGUGCCACCCGUGGUCAUAAACGUAGGUUUGGUUACUGAGACACUUCCACAUACAUCUAGAAGCUCCUGCAAUUCAUCUUUAAAUGGCAUUUGCAAAAAAGAUGUGAGUGAAAGCGAUAAGCCAGUAGAAGUUCUCAGCAAGCAAAAGACUUCUGGAAGAACAGUAUUUGAUGGUGAUGGAAAUAGUAUGAGUAGCUUUUUGCAACGCAAAAGCGUGUGUCAGACCUGCAGUUCUGCAGAUUUUAAUUUGGAAAAUCCUCCUGGAGAAAGGCAGAAUAAUGCAGACCUAGAUGGCAGCAGAUAUAAAUCCCAGCAUGCGUCUGACAGCAGGAUGUUAAAUGAUGAUCCUGUAUUUUUCUCAAAAAUGGAUCCAGAAGCAAAUCAGCAGAAGCAUGAUUCACAGACCUUUCCUUGCAGAGCAGUAGAGGCACAUUCAGAUUUACAUUCUCCACCUUUCACGUAUAUUUCUCUUCUCCUUGCAAAAAGACCAGAAACUAUUACAAUACUGAAAGUUAAAUGUUUUAUUGUUACUCUCACUGGAAACCUCACAAGCAACAAUGGGUCCUGGGGUAUAAAGGCAAAAAUUUCUGAUGGUUCAGCUUAUCUUGAAGUAGAUUUUGCUGAUGAUAUUCUAACAAGUUUGAUUGGCUUUUCGGUGUCUGAAAUGAAUAGUUUGAAAAAGGAUCCAGCUUUACUAAAGCUUAAGGAUGGCUUAGAGAAAUGUCAAAAACAACUGAUAGAUCUCUGUUGUUUGAUGACUAUAGAGUUUAAUCCACUUCAGUCUAAAGCCACUGUGUUAAUUCUUCAGGAUGCUGAUGCAAGGCAUCUAGAACAAUUGAAGAAACGUUUGAAUAAAUAAUGUGCAAACUUGCAGACUAUAUAUUAGGAAACAUUUAAGUCAGAUUUCCCCUGAAAGACUGUUGUAAGUUAAAUUUUAAAUUUCAGUGGUAUGUCUCUUCUCUUACCAGGAAAAAUAAUGGAAAGUGAGAAGAGGAGGUGACUUGUUUGAGCAAAACUUAGCAGUUUGUUUCUUAUGGUGGUAAUGAAAGAAGCUUUCAAAUAUUUCUGUUUUUAUUUAAAGUACUCAUGUAUAAUUUUCAUUAUGCAGAAUUCUCUGUGUCAUUGAGUGGUGACCUGGAGUAGCAGAAUUUGAGUAGAAGACUCUCAUACAUAUUCACUAUGCAAGAACUUGAAGUGUAGAGAAAUGGAAGGUUUUUUUCUGAAAGUUCAGGUCUGGGGGAAAAAGAAAACCCAACCCUAUACAUUAAUGAGAUUAAAAGCUGUGUAUUUUAAAAGAUUAAACAAAAAAUACAAAUAUUUUAAAAUCUUUUAUUUAGAGAAAGGUAUGAUUAUAACGUAUGGAGAUUCUCUUUUUUGUUGUGUUGAUGUUGAUCAUUGCUAACAGUUUUGAACCCAUAGGCAACUUUAUUCAUUAACUUUUAUGGUUAAUUUUCUAGCCUUUUACAGAAUAGUCAAGCACUUGUACUACAGACCUGUUAUGUAUAUAUAUAUUUAAUGUUGGUCUUAAUUUUGAUACUUUUUUAUUUCUACUUUUAGAAUGUGUAAAAAUAAAUACAUUAAAGUUUUCAUUUAAACUUUGGUGGAAGCUUCUUAGUCACUGUAAAAUAAAAGUAUGAACCUUGUUGAGUGUGUAAAGUAUCAGAAAUGGUUUGAUUGCUUGUUUUUUUCUGUUGUUGUUCCUUUUCCUUCCUUCCAUCCUUUUCCCUUCUCUUGUUUGUUGUUUUGUUUAUUUGUUUGGGUUUUUUUUUCCCCUUUGAAAUUAGAAGAAUUAAAAUUCUGCCAGGGUAAGGGGACCAUUGACAGAAGUGUGCAGUGUUUGCAAAGACUGUCAAAUUGGUAGCCAGGAGAGGGAUUUUUCUAUUGGACAGUCACUAUCUUAUUUUCAGAGCCUAUUCUUUUUCUGAACAAUGUCUGUUAGGCCAUUGGGAAUUGCUGUGAGAGAUUGUCAGUAUUGCCUUGCUGCCCUGUCCCCACUUGAGAAGCAUCCUUUGAGACUGCAAGUGACCUAAGGAGUCAAUAGAGGUAAUUUGCCAAGUAAGGGAACAGUAGAGGAAGGUGGACGAGGGAGAAUCUUGAGCUUUUUCAGGCUCAAGGCAUGAGAUUUUUUAGGCUUUAUUUUAUACAGUUUAGAAAUGCAUAAAUUCCUGUGUCCCUUUCCUUCCUGUCUUCCUCUUGCCUUCCCCACUUUGCAGAGAACCUGAGCAAACCAUAACCCUGUAAGUUAUCUUAGGGUUAACUUUCUGAGUCUGUUGGGAACUGCGCAUCAUUUAG